UUUAGUUAUUAUAGCCAGAUGGAGAUAUAGCGGUAAGUAAUCUAGAAUUGUAGCAUGACUUCUAGAUAAACUAAUAAAAAGAAUUGGUAUUAAAUGAUCGUUUAAAAUAUUAGUUAAUAAAUAAGGCACAAUCAUUAAUCGUAAGAUUACUCUAUUAUACAAAAUUAACUCAAUGGGACAUAGCCUCUUCGAUAUGAUACCAAAAAAUACACAUAUUAGAAUGGCUAACCAAAAAUGUGUAUACAGUAUGAUAGCAAUUUGGAAAAAAAUAGAGAAAAAAUAUAAGAAAUCAAAUAAUUGAUUUCAAACUCAAAAAAAUCAUAUCCAUAACUAAUGAAGAAUUAAAAUAUGUAGGAUAGCCUAAAAGAAUCUUAAAUAAGAAUUUAAAUACCUAAACCUAUUAGAAAUAUUUCUAAUUUCUCUCGUGACAGUAGAUAGUCUACUACAACCAGCUAACAUACUCCAUUAAGGAGUUCUAGUCACGAUAAAUAACUUAGUUAUAUGUAGAUGUCAAAAAAUUAUAAAUCUCCAUUAAAUAGAUUUAAAAAGAUUAAAUAUUUAGGGAGAGGCAAUAUUAGUGAUGUCUAUUCAGUCAUGUAAAAUUCAAAUAUAAUUUUUGAUUAGUGACACAACAACUGGAAUGAUAGCUGCUCUUAAAACAAUACAAAAAUCAUUGAUCACUAGUAAAGGUAUAUAGGGAUUGAUAAAAACGGAAAUAGCAAUUUAAAGUUUUAUUUGUCAUUAAAAUAUUUUAAAGUGCUAUGGUAUUAUCAAUGAUGAUAAAUAAGUAUAAAAUAAAGUUAUAAAAAAAGAUUGCAUUAGUUUUGGAAUUAGGAGAAAUAACACUAUUUAAUUAUAGAAAAGAAAAAAAAUUAUAUGAAAAAUAAAUAAUUGACAUAAUUUACCAAGUUUUGAAGGGAGUAAGCUUUUUACAUUAGAAUGGAAUAAUUCAUAGAGAUAUAAAACCAGAAAAUAUCUUGUUAUAAAAUGGAAUAGUGAAAUUAGCAGAUUUAGGUAUUUGUGUAAAAGCUAUUGAAACUAACUAAUAUUGUGGAACUCCUGGUUAUAUGGCUCCAGAAAUAGUAGAAAAUUUAAAAUACACUAAUAAAGUUGAUUGUUACAGUAUUGGAGUUCUACUGCACGAGUUGAUGUUUGGAAAAGUUCCAAAAAUUGGUUAGAAAAUUAAUGGUGAUACAUAACUUAUUAAUUUAAUGAAUUAGCUUUUAGAAGUGAAUCCUAUGAUCCGUUUAAGUUGUAAAUAAGCAUUAGAAUAUGAUUUAUUCAAGCUUUGUGAAAGAAAGGUUGUGAAAUAAACUGAAAUGAUAAAAAACACAAUUUUAUGGGAUUGUUGA